AUGAUUGAUUCUCGAUAUCAAUUCUUUUCAUGUUAUAAUGAUGAUGAUGACACAAUGCUAUUUACGCAAUUGUUGGGAGCUGUUAGUAGUGGUCGAUCGAGUGGUCGAGGUCACGGGGUUCAAAUUUUCAAGAGUAGCAUUUCGGAUGAGAAAUUAUCCGGAUCCGAAAUAAUUGAUCCAAACAAUAACACCAAUCAUUUUUCUUGCCCUUCUACUUUUCCAGAAUUAGAAGAAACUCUAUUUGUGAAUGACAAUUUUUACCACAAUUAUUGGCCAUUUAAUUUUCGUCAUGCGAAAUAA